AUGCACCAAUUGGUCGAGCAGUUUAUAAAAUUGAAGUCUCCUAAGUUUGAUGGUAGAGGCGAUCUCGAGGGUGCAUUGCUAUGGAUGGAGGAAUUAGAGAAGGCUUUUGAGGUGUUGGGAUGUACAGAGGAGGAAAAAGUAACAUUAGCCGUAUAUCAGUUGCAAGGGAAUGCAAAUGAUUGGUGGAAAGCCACCAGAGGAGUGAUAUUCCCGGCUGGCACAGCCCAGACUUGGGCGAUGUUCGUGGAAGCCUUUAAUGGCAAAUAUUUUUCGGAGAGUGCCCGGGAACAAAAAUUAUCUGAAUUCAUGAGGUUGUGGCAGGGGCAGAGAACAGUAGAUCAGUAUGAGGCCGAAUUUGCUCGAUUGUCUAAGUUCACCCCGAAGAUGGUUGAGGACCCGAUAGAUAGGGCUCGAAGGUUCCGAGAUGGCUUGAAACCGGACCUUCGUAGCCAAAUGAUUUCAUUGAAUCUGAGAGGGUAUAAUGAGAUUUAUGACAGGGCUUAA